AUGAGCUUCCCGCGGCCCCUGCGCCGCUCCGUCAGCCUCAGCCCUGCCCGCACCCUGCGCCUUGUCGUCCUGGGGCAGAGCGCCGUGGGCAAGACAGCGUUGACCGUAAGAUUCAUCACCAGGAGAUUCAUUGGAGACUACGACCCAACCCUAGAAAUGAUUUACAGACACAUGGCUGUCAUCGACGGGGAAAUGGUGCACUUCGAGAUCCUCGAUACGGCUGGACAGGAGGAGGAUUCCCUGCAGAUAGAGGAGAAGAUCAAAUGGGGCGAUGGCUUUGCCGUGGUCUACUCGGUGACAGACCGGUGCAGCUUCGACGAGGUGAUGCGGCUGUGUUUCCUCAUCAACCACAUCCACUCGAGCCCCAAACGGAGCAGCGUGAGCGAGCAGCCACCUGUGGUCAUCGUGGGCAACAAGAAGGACUUGCAGUUCGACAGGAUGGUGUCCACAGAGGACGGUGAAAACCUUUCCAAAGCCUUGAAGCUUCCUUUCUAUGAGAUCUCCACCCGGGACAGCUAUGAAGAGACCGUGGUGGUGUUCAACACCCUCUACCAGGAGCUGAUGAGACAGGGGCAUUUCUCCCCAGGCUCCUUCAAGAGGAGGACAGUGUCAAAGCUGAUGGAGAAGAUCCCCAAGAUGCAAGCCAGCUCCACCCUGAACUCAGCAGGACGGAGCCUCAGCUUUAACUCCUUCAGGGACUACAUCCCUGAGUGA